UGAUUGAUUGUACACGAAUUGUGCGAGGAGGAGAAAGGAAAACUGCAGUAGCUACUGAAGAAAAAACUGGAAAGUUACCUCGGAUUUUGGCCGAAUAGACACCAUUUCGUCGGUAUCGCGUAUUGUCCGCCGCGAGGAACAGUUUUUCCGGUCACGAUAUCGACUCCGGAGGCCACCACCAGAGUAACUUCCAGUCUCAUAGUCUCAGUAGGUUUGCAUUUUUUUUUUGGUGAGGGUAAACGUCCGUCGCAAUAAUUCCGUCAGUCAUCAGAAUUUAUUUGGCUGCUACCUCUGGACUCUGCCACUUUCGUCAUUAGUCACAAGAAAAUCCGUGAAGUGAAGAACUAGAAAUAUAAAAUUGCUGCCAAAAUUAGAAGCAGCAAGAAGAGAAAUUUCCCCCACCACCUCGCACUCGGAAGUGGUUGUCAAAAAUACUGCGAAUUGCUCCUCUGAACAACAAACAGCAUCACCAGCAGGUAAAAAUGAUCAAACUUUUCUCGCUGAAGCAGCAGAAGAAGGACGGGGAAGCUACACCCAAGUCCGGACCCCAGAAGAAGGCCUUCACCGCGGCCCAGCUGAGAAUCACAAAAGACAUCAAUGAGCUGAAUCUGCCCAAAACCUGUGCCACGGAGUUCCCCGAUCCGGACGAUUUGCUCAACUUCAAGCUGAUCAUCUGCCCCGACGAAGGAUUCUACAAGGGUGGACGGUUCGUGUUCAACUUCAAGGUUGGUCCCAAUUACCCACAUGAGCCUCCCAAGGUAAAAUGCGAAACCCAGGUCUACCAUCCGAACAUUGACCUGGAGGGAAACGUUUGUCUCAAUAUCCUACGCGAAGACUGGAAGCCGGUGCUGACCAUCAACUCGAUCGUGUACGGAUUGCAAUACUUGUUUUUGGAACCGAACCCCGAAGACCCCCUGAACCGAGAAGCCGCGGAAGUGCUCCAGACGAACCGACGCCUUUUCGAGCACAACGUGUUCAAGGCGAUGCGCGGCAGCUACAUUGGCGAAACCUAUUUCGAGCGCUGUCUCAAGUGAUAUAUAAGUUCAACACUCACACUCAAAUGUUGCGUUUAUUUAAUUAUUCUUACGAUUGGUGGACGCUAUUAUAUAGACUUUAAAUAUAACUAAAUCGUAAAGUGCGGAUAGACCGAGGGCGACGUUAGAACAAAAGCGCAAAUAAAUUAAAAAACAAAUAGCUGCGGCAUGCGAGCACACGGGAGCGUUUCGUAUGUGGUCGAGGAUCGUUCUGUAUUUGGUACCGGAUAAUAGGGAUGAGUUUCGCAACACGACAUACGAGAAUGGAAAAGCAACACAGAUGGACAUAAUUAAAGAUAAAGCAGAACAAAUUAAGCAAAUGAACAUAUGAUAUGAAAUCUAUAUUCCAAAUCAGAUAAAUUCGACAACCAUGAAACAAAACUGCAAAAUCAACUCUUGUAUCAAUAUCGAAAGCAAAUAUAACUAAACACAUGAUGGAGUUUCUGUCACAUUCAGUUUCAUCUCUGAGCAGUGUACCGAGUUUUGAAAACUCAGUACAGGAAAGCAAGAAUAAAGCAAGUAAAUUGACUUGAUGCGAAACGAAAAAAAAAUGAGAAUCAAUGAUCUUAGUUUAAUUUACAUGAACAGUAAGAAGUAAGGUAAAUAAACGGUAUUUAUACAUAGAAAGGCCACAGACAUACAAAUGUAUAAUCUAAUCUUGAUUUCUUUCAACCAAAACCAACACAUGUUGUAAUGUUCUAAUCUAAUCUAUUUCACUAUCACUUCUAUGGAAAACAACAAAGUUAGAUUACAUAAAGCAACAACAGAGGAUUCAAAAUAAAUACCCAAAAAAGAUCCCCACAGACGAUUAGGUAUUCAUUGUACUCAAAUAGUGACAAGUGGAAAACAAAAAACAACAGAAAGCUACAAUUACAUAUGAAAAAUUUUACUCGAA